GCGGCUCGAACCAUCAGUCACUUUCUAGUUGUAUCACAGUGAAUUUCCUAGAAAUAAAAUCAAAAUGAAGAGCAUUCUCGCGAUCAUCUUAGCCGUUGCGCUAAUGUCAGAAGCUAAAGUUGCACCGGGAAGCACGAAUUCUCAAGGAACGCCAGAACUUCAAUUGAGCGACCUAAUCAGCCAGGCUCAAGCAAACAUCAACGCCUUAGCGAAACAGAUCCAAGAACAGUUGAAUAUACCCGACCAGGAAACCAUUGUCAAAACGGUCAAGGAACAAAGCACCAACUUCGUCCACAAUAUUCAAGAUUACAUGAAGAACGUUACCGAAGAGGUGAAAAAUAAGAGUCCAGAGCUGGAACGAGCAUUGAACGAUGUUAAAGCAAAGCUGAAUAAGGUCGUCGAAGAUAUCAACAGCGGAAUACCGAAUGCUCAGCAACAGGUGAACGAAUUACAGGCCAAAUUCCAACAAGGUGUUCAAACCGUGCUGAAGGAAACCGAUACCGCCGCAAAAUCUCUGAGCCAACAAUCUGAAAAAAUUCAAGAAGACUUUGCUAAGUUUACGAAACAAGCGGUCGACAUUGCUGUGCAAGCAACACAGAAUCUAAAUAAUCAACUUCAACAAGCCGCGGCUCAGAAGCACUGAAUAAAUUGUAACUAUUAAUUGCGUAAAGAGACGAAAAGAAAAACAAAAAUUUUUCAAAAAGUAUUUCCUUACGAUUCCAUUAUAGCCGUAUCAUGACCUAUUUUUGUUUUUAGAUUUCAUAUUAUAUAUUUAUAAAUUAAA